GUAGCUGUGAAUCUAAACUGGCCGUAACAUCAAGAGGCGCAACUACUUGACCCUGCAGGCUGGGGGCAGGCUUGUGCAGUUUCAGAUCCACCGUCAACCUCAAGCUUAAGCGAUGCUGGCCUCGACAUUGCUCCUCCUCGACAUCGCUCCCGCAGCUGCUGAUAAAUCCAGUACGAGUCACCCUGCGGGGCUUGGAUCUUCACAGGCUCCUCCUGAAUGUCUCACAUUGAGCUUUUGUCGGCUCUUGGCAAGGUUGAUACCCAUGAAAUGUGAGUAUACUCUGUUUCUUGCCUUAGCAUGGACAACGCUUGUGGUAAAUCGUUCAUCAUCGCAGGUGCGUGGACAGCCCAGGUGCCUUCCAUAUCUGGCAUAUGAGCAGAAGCAUCUGAAUGGAAGAGUAAUGACUUCCGACCGUCGCACGUGAACUGGGCCUAGCUAGAUAGGUUGGUGGGCUCCUGCCUUUUCAUGUUAUAACUUUGGC